GAUAAGUAUAGUAUAGUUUACUGGCUAUUUGCAUCGUUCUAAUUCAAGAAAUAGUUAAACAGUAUAAAAGGAAAAUGAGAUUGUUCCGUAUACCUACUGGUGUGUAUGGACUAGCGCUUCUAAUCUUCACAGACGUAGCAAGUGGGCAAUGUAAGAAUACCGGAAUUUGCGCAUGUCACUGUCCAGUCUGCCAACCAGAAGGCAAUUGCACUUCCUGUGAGAAAGGAUGGAGUGGGAGUCUGCAGAACAACUGUCAAAGACGAAACCUAGCAUUCCAGCAGGGCACAUUCCUAAGUAAAUCGUCAGAUAAAGGAAGGUCUGCUGUAGAUGGGGAUCCUCGUAGCUUUUCAAGAUCAGCAGAAGACGAGAACCCAUAUUUCACCAUGACACUGGAUAACACAUACGCAAUUAAAUAUCUAUAUAUAGACAUUAACCUUGAAAAAAAUGUGUCCUACUAUGUAUACGUGUCUGACUCAUCCGUGUCCUCACUGACCAAUGAUGUUCUCUGUAACAAGAUUGUAAAUACAAUAACUAAACGCUUCCAAUGGAACGUGACAUGUCGAGGAGAACGAUAUUUCUAUGGAAACCAAGUAUCCAUUUAUAUGACAACGCAGAUCGGACGGUUACUGAUUUAUGAAAUUGCAAUAUAUCAAUGCAGCACUGGGACUUACGGUUAUUUCUGCGAGAAACACUGCUCUAACUGCCUCUAUGAUCAUUGUGAUGACGUCACUGGACAAUGUAUCAAAGGUUGUAAAAGUAAUUGGUUUGGAGAAAAAUGUGAUCGACCGUGUAGAAAUUGUACACAGUGUAAAAAAGGGUUUUACUUUCAUACGUCUCGCCAAUGUUUGAAAUGUCCUCUGAACUGUUCAUCGUGUACAAGUGAGUCCUGGUGUACUGAAUGUUUACCUACAUUUACCGGAAAGCAGUGCGAUAACAGAUGUAGUGAGCAUUGCAUUGAUGGAAAGUGUAAUAUAUUUACCAGAAGUUGCAAUAGAGGAUGCAAUAAUCAAAAAUAUGGUGUUGGGUGUUACAGAGAGUGUCCUAAGCAGUGCUUGCUUUGUUUUGCCUGGAACAAUUGCACUAUUUGCAAACCCGGGUUCUUUGGGAGAUAUUGCAAUCAAAAGUGCCCAGUAAAUUGUUUCAAUUGCAGCUCUGUUGAAAACUGCUAUACAUGUAAAGAAGGAUAUUUCGGAAAGAGAUGUGGGAAAAUAUGCCCCUCACAAACUGUAGGAGGUCCUUGUGGUAACACUACCUGCAUUGACGCUGGGAUUUGUUCAGGAGGCUGCAAAACUGGAUGGUAUGGAAAGUAUUGUAACAUAACUUGCAGUACAAAUGGAAACUGUGUAGAAUGUGACCAAAUAUCUGGAUCGUGUACACAAUGUGUUGAUGGCAGAUACGGUGAAAACUGCAGUUUGGACUGUGAAAAUUGUGUACAGUCUGCUUGUAAUCGUGAUGGCAUAUGUAUGUCAGGGUGCAUACCUGGCUUUUAUGGCAGAAUGUGUAAGAUGAAAUCGCAAGGAGUAGGAAAGGAGACCCAGCAUGAAGAGCGCUGGACGUAUAUAAUAUCAGGAAUAGUGGGAGUCUCAUUCUUGCUUUUGACUUCCUUGGUAGUGGUCAUUAUAAAGAAAAAAAGAUCGGGCUAAAUCUUGGAGAUAACAUUAUGUUUUCUCCAUAAAGAAAAAAUAUAUAUGGUUCCCAUCAGCCACGUACCUCAAAUCACCUGAAUCUACACUAAUUACAGGCAAGUGUUUCGCGGUGUGAAAGGAGGUUAUGAUUUUGACCUGAUUGAUUUGAUUGAUCAACAGAUUGAAGUUUAGCUGCAUGCAAAUCUGUUUCAUCAGGAGUCUAUUUGCACUUUAUAAUUAUCAUGCAGUUUGAUUAUUUUACAAUUGAGGAUGUGAGCAUAUCCCUAGAUUUUUGUUGCCAUUAUAUGACACGAUGCGUACAACAGAGAACACGCCUUUGUCUCGCUGGAGGGUGUGCCAGGAUUUUAAAAGCGUUUGCUUUAUUGUUGGAAUUCCAGGGUUGUAUUUGGUAACAAAAACAAGAGGUAUAACCCGUAUUUUGCAUUUAUUUACACCUGAUACAUGUAACAGAGGUAGCUCGAUCGUAGUUAUCAAGUACCACUUGUAUGUUUUGAUUGAUUUCAUUAUCACUAUAACCCCUCUUUAGAAGGUUUGUUUUGAAAGCUGUAAGAAUUUCUUGAAGUACAUCACCAUCACUUAUGUUUCUAAUAUGGCGUAUGGUUUCACCUUUAAUAAAUCCCUUAAAACUGAAGGAUUAUGUGCACGUUUUCGUUCCAAAUACUGGAACGUGUUCGUUGGUUUGACGAACGUUUUAAAAUCUAGGAUGUGAGUUGCCCCAAAUCGAUUUUCUUUAUACAUCGUAGUGUCCAAGAAAUGCCUUUCAUUCAAUUUAAGUAUACUACGAAACUUGAAUUUAGAUUUCGCAAAAAUCAACAACCCUUGAAAUCUUUGUCUCGUGUCCUCUAUAAGAACAGAAUCACUUCUCUGUAUGGAAACUGAUGUUAACAAUACUAUAGAAUUCCUGUAGUUUUCGUUGCUCAGUCCGUUUUUCAGUAUAAGUUUGCUUGACAUCAAGUGAAAAUAAAUCAUCAUUUAAGUGCAAACUCUUUUGUAAAUCCAUGUUAGUAAUAAGCAGUCAAUUUAAAUUUCACAAUGAAAAUCAUAUCAAGGUAAUUGUAUCCUAAAAAUCUAUCUAUAAUAGCUUUUAUAUGCACUGAGUAGAAAAUGUCAAGUGUGAUGAAAAUGUUUACAAGAUACAGUAACAUAUUAUGUUUGCAUCCUGAAGAGAUACAGAUCAUUAAGGCUAUUGACACGUGGUUUUAAUUCCAGGAGGUCGGUAAUGAUAUCACCAGAUUAAUUACCUGUUGAGUGUUGUAGAACUUGACUGAACUAUACAUGCUGAAUAGUCUUCCGGUGACUCCCCCCCUAUGAACGAUAACUCCCCAGUACUUCAUAAAUGUUACGCUUGAC